AUGUUUGAAACAAGCUUGACUUUUCUUCUUUUCAAUAUUUCACUGCUUCUCAUUGUCUCGAUCGUAUACUGUAGCUCUUCAUUGCCGAGCAUUCAAGUCGAUCCAGAUACACAACAUUUUAUCGAUGAAUUCGGUCGUGUACGUAUAUUUCAUGGCGUUAAUGUUGUUUACAAGCAACCACCCUUCUUGCCUAAUAUGACUAAUUUUGAUCCACAAAAUUCACUGACUGAAUUUGAUCUGGACAAUCUUCACAAAUGGGGUUUCAAUGUCAUUCGUCUAUACACUGCCUGGAUGGGCGUCAAUCCGAAAUCACCAAAUGAAGUCGAUGAUACGUAUCUAUCUCAACUAUCGACUGCUGUUUCGAUGAUGGAAAACAAAGGCAUCUAUGCUUUGCUCGAUUGUCAUCAGGAUGUUUUAUCACGAUUUUUCUGUGGUGAAGGUAUUCCUGAUUGGGUCGCCACUAAAUUAGGUACUGAAACUCUCCAACGAUUUCCAUUUCCAUUUCCAAUAAAUUUUACACGAGAACCAGAUACAGGAUAUCCAGUACUUGAUCAAUGUUUACAAAAUCCUUUUAGUCAGUACUAUUUUACUGAAGGAGUUAUUAAUGGAUUCAAAAUGCUGUACACAAAUACCAAUGGUACUCUUGAUGCAUUUGCCUCAUUCUGGCAUACAGUAGCCACUUAUUUCGCUGAUCGACCAUCUAUUCUUGGCUAUGAACUCAUGAACGAACCAUCGUUUCCAGCAUUGACGGAUGUUCUGCAAGUGGGUUUAAUUGAUCAACUUUAUUUGGCUCCGAUGUACAAAAAGUUGCAUGAAGUAAUUCGAACAGUUGACGACAAACAUUUGAUCUUUUUCGAACCGUGUGUCUUUGAUCUGCUGCAUACAGGUUUCACUGAAGGACCAGGUGGUAAGGAAUACAACAAUCGGCAAGUAUUUAGUUAUCACAACUACUGCUUGGAUGUGACAAAGCAAGGCGAUCCUAAAUCAGACCUGGUGUGUGAUUUAUUUGAUAAUAUUCUAAUCUAUUUACGUGUGCAAGAAGCCCGUAAGAAAAAAUUUGGUGGUAUGAUGAUAACUGAGUUUGGUGGAAACAGCAAUUCAACCGAAGGUAUCGAAGAACUUAAUCGAGUGACGGCCAUUGCCGAUGAUUUUCUGCAAAGUUGGACUUAUUGGCAAUUCAAGAAGUAUGCUGAUUUAACGACAUCAGUAAGACCUGCUACGACGGAAUCAUUCUAUACUGACGAUGGUGAAUUGGAACUAAACAAGGUACAGGCACUCUCAAGAUCAUACGCACAAGCCAUUGCAGGUCUGCCAAUAUCAAUGUCCUUUUUUCCUACCACGAACCUAUUCGAACUACAGUUUAUUAUCAAUACAGACAUUCAACAACCGACAGUUAUCUAUUUGAAUGAAGAUUUGAAUUAUCCUCAUGGUGUCAGUAUCAUACUCAAUCCAGAGAAUUCACUUAUCUGGGCAUCGCCAAAUCACAACUACUAUGAAUUUGUCGCAAGUGGAUCCGUUAAAAAUGGGACAACAAUCCUAAUUCAAAUUUUUGCCAAAAAUGAAGAUUGA